AUGGCAGACCCCGAGAUGGACGAGUUCGCACAGACUCGCGGCGCCGACGAUCUAUUCGAUGAUGAGAUUAUCCCUAUCUCUACGGAACAGCAACAGGCGCAGACAGAGGUCAUUUCCACCCCCGAACCAGAGCCCGAGGUGCAGGAAACACAUAUACCUGAGAAGCCAGUUCCCGAGCAGUCAAUUCCACGUGGGGAUACUCCGCAGCGGGGCCGUGGAGAACGAGGCCGGGGACGACGGGGCCGGGGCAAAGGAGCGCGCGGAGGACGGGACUCAGAGCAAAAGCGAUCAGAAGGCUCUCCGCGUAAAAAGACUCCUGUCAAUCCGCCUGCUGCGGAUGUGCGCGAGGCUGGCGCUUCUAAGCCAGAGAAGUCAGUUGAGACCAAAGAGCAGGCUGCCCCGGUCGAAGAGAGUAAUGGUGAAGAUGUGCCAGCGAGUGGUGCCGAGGCUCAGCGUGUGCCAGCUGUUCGUGGUGAUCGGAGUGCCACUGGUGGGCUGAGAAAGCCUAAACUCACAGAAGAGGAACUAUCCAAACGCAUUGCUGCAGCCAAGGAAAACGCUGUAAAGAAGGCUGCGGCACAUGCUCGUGCCGAAGCCGACCAAGCGUCAUUCAUGGAGCGCGAGCAGGAAGCAGCGAAGAAACGUCGCGAGGAACUCGCACACCGUCGUGUGAUGGACUCAGAGCGUGAGAAAAACAGACAGCGCAAGCUCAAGGCCCAAACAGGGCGCGAGUGGGACUCGCAGAAACGCGAGGAAGAUUACAACCCCCGCGGUGGAGGCAGCCAAUUCCGACGCGGUAUGCACGGUGGCGUGUCUGGCGCCGUGCGACGAGAUUUCGAAGAAGCCCGUUCAGAAAAUGCGGAAGAUCACUCCGGUGGUAACCGGGGUCGUGGACGUGGAGGUCGAGGUGGCCGUGACCGUGGAUCUCCACGUGCUCCCCAGGGAGAUCGGCCACGCAAGGGCCUAUCUGAUAGUAUAUAUGCAACACCGAGCCCUCCCGCGCCAGGAUUGGACGACAAGGAUGCAUUCCCGGCUCUGCCCGAGGGACCUAAGAAGACGGAGACUAAUCCUGUGUCUACGCCGGAGACAAAGGUCAAGCCUGAGGCUAAGCCUGUCCCUAAGUCAGAGACGAAGACUAAGGCUGAGACUAAGAAAGAGCCUGAAACCGCCCCUGCGGUAUCCAAGUCACAAACUGCAAUGGACAAAUUGGAUUCUACGUUCUCACCAAUCACUGGAACUUGGGCAGACCAGUUUGACGAUGAGUGA